UAAUCAAAAAUCUAAACCACUUCACCUUUGGAAACAUUUUUAUUACUCUUCUUUUUUCUUGCCCUUGCUCAGAGUUUAUUUUGUUCUUUAUAAAGAAAUGUGUAGAUUUUAAUAAAAAGUUUCAUAAAACGAAUUUAUCUGUCUUUUUGUGUUUUAUUAUCAUCGGAAAUUGUAUAGUUCUAAGUAAAGUAAAAGAAAAAACUUGCCAAAAUCUAUUUACACGACUCCAAGUCAGUCUAUUUUUAAAAGUUCUUCCUUGAAAGUUGGUUAUAUAACUUCCGUUUGAAUUGAUUGUGGUCAUCAGAGCAGAGCACAUAGUGGAAGAGGUGGUCCGGUUGGUUGGUCGGAGGUGGAAGGAAAAAAAACAACACUAGACAUUAUUUUGUGAUCUCGUGAUCAUUGUUGGUACAUGGUCGUUGUGGACGGCGACGUCGUGGGAGACAAAGAAACUAUGCCCAGUUGAGGACAAGUGAAUUGCAGCGAAACUUCUUGUUUUAUUUCUUCUUUCUCGACUCCAAUUGGGGAAUUUCCACAAUGCCGCGUCAUCAGCUACACGAGGCAAUUGCCACUGUGUCCACAAAACCCGAUCAGACACUAACCAAGUAUCGCUUUGUGGACUCGAUUGCGUGUACUUACAUUGUGUCGGUGUUUGCGGCGUCCAUAGCUGAGCUUGUUACAUACCCAUUGGAUUUGACAAAGACCCGUCUGCAAAUUCAAGGAGAGGCUGCAACCGUGUCCGCACAGUCAAAGUUGCAGUAUCGGGGAAUGAUGGCAACGGCAGCCGGCAUUGUUCGUGAGGAAGGCGCCAUGAAACUCUGGCAAGGUGUCACUCCAGCACUCUACAGACACGUCGUGUACAGUGGAGUUCGAAUAACAUUCUAUGACUACCUGCGCAAAGAAAUGGCUAAGGGUUAUACCUCCCAUGAAGUUGUACCUAUUUGGAAGUCAGCUCUAUGUGGAAUAUUUGCUGGCUGUGUAGCACAAUGGCUAGCAUCGCCGGCCGAUCUAGUCAAAGUACAAAUCCAAAUGGAAGGCAAACGUCGUUUGAUGGGUGAGAAACCUCGAGUCAAGAGUGCAGCCGAUGCUUUCAUGCAAAUUCUCAAACGUGGUGGUGUCAGUGGACUAUGGAAAGGAAGUGUACCUAAUAUGCAACGUGCUGCAUUAGUUAAUUUAGGUGAUCUCACAGCUUACGAUACAAUAAAACAAACGCUUAUGAAAAAACUUAAUAUGCCAGAUAGCAGACCGGUGCAUAUAUUAUCCUCGUUUGGUGCUGGUUUCGUUGCAGCUAUCAUGGGCACACCAGCCGAUGUGAUAAAGACCAGAAUUAUGAAUCAACCCACAGAUGAAAAAGGACGUGGAAAACUCUACAGUGGAGCAGUGGAUUGUUUAACGAAAACAGUCAAAUCAGAAGGUCUAUUUUCUAUCUAUAAAGGAUUUUUUCCCUGUUGGAUACGCAUGGCACCAUGGUCAUUAGCAUUUUGGUUAUCAUUUGAACAAAUGCGUUUAGCAAUUGGAACAACUAGUUAUUAAUUUAAGUUUUUUUAAUUAAGUCUGGGAUCAUAAUUUUUCAUUUUAAAAAAGAUAUAUUUAAGUAAGCAUCGAAAUAGGUAACUUUCAUCAACAGCGAUAUGGAAUAGAUUGUUCACUAUGUUUUUAU